UCUCUCUCUCUCUCUACAACGCUUUCUUUUCCCAGGAAGCCAGUAGCAUCCUCCCCCUUUUAGACCAAACAUCUCUGCAACUGCUGGACUUUCUCUCCGCGCUCACAAGCAUGUAAUCCUUCGAUCGCUCGCUCUCUCUCUCUCUUUCUCUCUUCCAGAGUCUUUGCACCCAUCACCACCGGGAGUGACCUUCUCCUUCAGGAGGCUUCCCACCUCUAUCUUGUGAUCCCCCCCCCCCAAUCUCUCCUUUCCCUCACCUUCUCUUUCAUGCUAAUCUGUGAUCUACUUAGUAUCUGUCAGGACCACAGCUUGUUGAGUGUUCCAAUCCUUCCUCGCUUCUGACAACAGAUCAGCAGCAGCCCUAAAGGCGCAAGAAGUAACGAGGACGAGUAACAGCAAGUGGAAGAAGAAGAAGAAGAAGAAGAAGAAGAAGAAGAAGAAGAAGUAGAACAGAGAGAGAGAGGGAGGUCAUUUCAUCUAUCUUCCAUGGACUUGAUACCCAACCCAGACAGCCCCCACUCCGACCACAGCGGCGGCGGCGGCGGCGGUGUUGGCGGCCCCAGUAACAGCCCCCACUGCUUCGCAUCUUUCUCAUCCGCCACCCCUGGCGCAGCACCCUCAUCCUCCUCCUCCUCCACCACCUCCUCCUCCUCCCCGUCGUUGAGUCGGUACGAGUCACAGAAGCGCCGCGACUGGAACACCUUCGGGCAGUACCUCAAAAACCACCGACCCCCUCUCUCGCUCGCGCGGUGCAGCGGCGCCCAUGUGCUGGAGUUCCUCCGCUACCUCGAUCAGUUCGGCAAGACCAAGGUGCACACUCAGAUGUGCCCCUUCUUCGGCCACCCCAACCCUCCGGCUCCCUGUCCGUGCCCUCUUCGCCAAGCCUGGGGCAGCCUCGACGCCCUCAUCGGCCGCCUUCGUGCCGCCUACGAAGAGAACGGGGGCAAACCCGAGUCCAACCCCUUCGGCGCUCGCGCCGUCCGCCUCUACCUCCGUGAAGUCCGCGAGAUCCAGUCGAAGGCCCGCGGCGUCAGCUACGAGAAGAAGAAGCGCAAGAAGCCACAGCAGGAUCAGCAGCACCCUCCACCGCCACCCGCCGCAGCCUAAGCUCCGCUACCGACUCCAUCCCACUGGCAUCAACGAGGAGGCUUAGCAGAUAUGCCUUGAAGCCUUGCUCUCUUCUCUUCAACUCUCUCUAUAUGACUAUUAGCUACCAAUGUGUGAGCCUUUUGUUUUCUCUUCAUCGAGCUUAUUAGUAUCAUUCUGUUUAUGUCACUCCCUUUUUCUUUUCCCUGUUUUCGAUUGAACCUUGGAACAAAUCGCUACUCUUUAUAUUACUACUUCAUGCGAUAUUGCUUUGCCUUCA